UCUUUCUCUCUCCCCUUUCUGUCCCUGGAGUUCACGGCGCGCGCCUCACUCAGUCACCCAGCGUCCAUCACAACGCCACUUCUCCGAGUCAGUCAGCGCCUUAGACGACUAAACUUGCCUUGUUUAAUUCCAGUCAGUCAGUCGCCAGCUCAGUGGAGUUAGUCGAUAGAUCAGCAAAUCAGGCGGUUAGUCGACCAGUCAAUGAGUAGUUAAAUAAGUCUGUUAGCCAGGAGAUCAGUCAGUCGGCAGGUUGAGUUGACCAGUGAGUCAGGAAGCUUGUCAGUUAGUUGACCGGCCAAGCAAUAGAUCAGUCAGUUGCUCAGUGAACAGUUUAGUCAGUAGCUUAGCCAAUAGCUGAGCCAGUAGAGUAGCCAGCAGAGUAGCCAGUAUAUUAGUCAGUAUAUUAGUCAGUAUAUUAGUCAGUCCGUGCAGCCUGCAGUGAUGCCACUCUUUGGGAAUCUUUUCUCUAAGGCGCGGAAACACCGCAGCCUCUACCCGAUGCUAUUUUUCAUUGGGCUGGGUCUGUCGACAGCGGCCCUCUACACGCUCCGUCUAGCCCUACGCAACCCCGACAUCAGCUGGAACAAGAAAGGGAAUCCCGAGCCGUGGAAUAACCUGGAGCCAACUCACCAGUACAAGUUCCUCGCAGUCUCCAUGGACUACGACAAGCUCAAGAAGGACAGACCCGACUUCUAACACGUCCACUCUUCUGGCUGCGGAAACACGCCGGGCGUCAGGGGGGGGGCGUAGGGGAGGUGGGGCUGGCGACUCGUGUGUACCUGUGUGUGUGUACCUGUGUGUGUGUGUGUGUACCUGUGUGUGUGUACCU